ACACACUAUACAUAAUGUUAAAUAAAUAAAUAGAUACGUAUAUAUGCAUAUUCUGUGCUCUGAUUGGCUAAAACACACAUCAAUAAAAUAAGGCCCCGCUUACGCGAGAUCGGAUUGGCUAUGAGGAACGUGACGUGCUCAGGUUGAGCGCGCAUGCGCGGGGGCAGCGGGAUCGUGGCUGAAUGGCGGAGCGGCCGCUGAUCAAAAACAGUGAUUUAUUCGCUCUGUAGCGGCGAUUAUUCCGUCCGGGAUCCGCCGAUGGAGCCCUUAAUCUCGGCCUCGUGCGGAUGAGUGACGCGUUCUCGGAGCGCGCAGUUUCUGACUCCAAACCUGAAGAGGAGCUUUUUAUUUCAAUAAAGGAGAGAAGCGCAUCUGUCUGGAAGAGUCAGCUCAGCUCAGGACGUUUUCAGCAUGAUCUCUUGGUUUCAGCUCUCAGGCUGCUAAGCUGCUGCUGUGUGUCACAGCCAAAGCUGGAUCUGCCUCUGUUCUGAGAUGAGUCCGUGUGCAGCAGCGAGUCAGCGGAAAGAUCAGCGACUAACAUGGUGCUCCAAGUUCAGAGAUGUUUGCUAUUGCUAGUGCAUUGGCCACAAGGCCAAGCACCACCCGCUCUACCACCCACUGCACUAUCUAGUCCACUGCCCAGUUCUGUCCACCCACUGCCCUCAGGUGAGCAGACACAACCCAUGCCAUGGAAAACUCCUCCUUUUCCUGGGAGAACAGCUCGGCGGGGUUCAGGACGCUGUGGAUGACGUUGGCUCCUGUAGGUCAGGAUGUGGAGCAGGUUGGGGUGCAGGGUCUUGGGGUACCUCUGCAGAUCUUCUUCUGCCUGGCCAUGGCCUGCGUUCUCUUGCUGGCCUUCCUGGGGAAUGUGGUGGUGUGUGUGAUGGUUUACCGCCGCGCUGCCAUGCGCUCCGCCAUCAACAUCCUGCUGGCCAGCCUGGCCUUUGCGGACAUGAUGCUGGCGCUGCUCAACAUGCCGUUCGCUCUGGUCACCACAGUCACCACACGCUGGGUGUUUGGAGCUGCAUUCUGCCGGCUGUCGGCCAUGUUCUUCUGGCUCUUUCUGAUGGAGGGCGUGGCCGUGUUGCUCAUCAUCAGCGUGGAUCGCUUCCUGAUCAUCGUGCAGAGGCAGGACCGGCUUAGUCCAAAACGGGCGAAGGCCCUAAUUGUUGUGUCCUGGAUGCUGUCCCUCGGUCUGGCCUUCCCGCUAUCUGUCGGAUACCCGGCCUUGCAGGUUCCUCCCCGUGCCCCCCAGUGCGUGUUUGGGUACACAGGAGAGCAUGGAUACCACGCCUACGUGGUGCUGAUCAUGUUGGUGUUUUUCUUCGUCCCAUUCAUUGUGAUGCUGUACACGUUUGUGGGCAUCCUGAGCACCAUUCGGCGUAACUCUCUGCAGAUCCACUCCAGCUCCGACUCCAUUUGCCUCGGCCAGGCCGGAAAGCUUGGCCUUGCGGGCCUGCGCCGGCCCUUCCACAUCCACAUUGACUUGAGCUUCAAAACGCGUGCCUUCACCACCAUCCUCAUCCUCUUUUCCGUCUUCACCGUGUGCUGGGCUCCAUUUGCAGCCUAUAGCCUGGUGGCCACCUUCAGUAGCUCCUUCUACUCCAGCAGGAGCUUCUUUGAGAUCAGCACUUGGCUGCUGUGGCUCUGCUACCUCAAAUCGGCCCUGAACCCGCUUAUCUACUACUGGCGGAUAAAGAAGUUCCGCGACGCCUGCGUAGACCUCAUGCCCAAGUACUGCAAACUCCUGCCUGAGCUGUCUGGUCACACUCGGAGGAGGAUCCGUCCCAGUACCGUUUAUGCGUGUGGGGAACAUCGCUCUGUGGUGUAGAACCAAAACGCUAUUUCUGGGCCUUUGUUUUUUCAUUGGAAAAAAACAAAACACUGACAAAACAACAGAUUUUUCCCGUUUUUCUUCAAACGUAGUCAGUCAGCUGAGUUGUGUUCGGUGUCUGAAAUUUGCUUCUGUAGUUUCAGCUCUUGAGCUAUGAGGCUAAUGUAGCUAACGAGUAAUGGAAGUUUAUACACCUCCAAUUAGCAUGUUGCUAACUGCAGGUCUGAAUCAUCACUCGCCACUGAGCGUGUGGAGAUGUUCAGUGAUCUCUAAUGGAGUAAUUAUGUGGUUUCUGAUACUCUAUGGAACACUUAUCUAGAACGUUUAAAGAAGAUAUCUAGCCUGAUUGACUAUGUUUGAGGUGGAUGGUGGGUUAAUGCGGGGGGUGAUCUGGGGAAAUCUGAGUUUUUGUUCAAACUGUGGCUUUAAGGUGGGAAAUGAUGAGCUGUAAUGUUUACCUCUGAGAAGUGCAUUGUGUGUGAUUAGUUUACAGAGGCUGUUUGUAUCCGAGUCUCAAAACUGUUUUAUGUUGUGGUUUAUAAAAUGUGCUGUUGCUGCUUUAACUGGUGAACGUGCAAUUUAUAGUGUUAGUCCUUAAUUUUCAACCCAAAUAAAAACAUUUGUUACGUUGAUAAAUUA